CGACCAUGCAGGAAGCGCGCCGGCAACUCGACCUGCUCUUCGUUGUGCAUGCGAGCAUCUCGAUCGUCAUCGGCAGCGCGUGCUUGCUGCUGCCGCACUCUCUCGCGAUGGCUGCGCUCCAGACGCCGCAGUAUGGCCACCUUGUGCACGAGAUGGUGCGGCUCUACGGCGCGCUGACGCUGGCCCAGGGCUGGCUUGUCUGGAAGACGCGCCUCGUCGGCGACGCGCUCAUUCGCAAGACGUUCUGCCAAGCCUACUGCUUGUGCUUCUCGCUCCAGUCGCUCGCCAUGUUCCGCGCCCAAGUCGCGUCGCCGGAGAGUCACUCGCUCCUCAACUGGAUCAACAUCCUCGUCCUCGCCGGCCUCGGCGCUGCGUAUGGGUAUUUUCUCGCGUUCAAGACGGCCAAAGCCUUUGAGCUUCCGAGCAUGAAGGGCGCCUACUAAGCGUAACACAGACGACGACAUUUGCAUGCA